GUGGGCACAGGUGGGUGGCACUGGUGGGCACAGGUGGGUGGCACUGGUGGGCACAGGUGGGUGGGCACAGGUGGGUGGCACUUUUGGGCACAGGUAGGUGGCACUUCUGGGCACAGGUGGGUGCACUGCUGGGCACAGGUGGGUGCACUGCUGGGCACAGGUGGGCAGAACUUGUGGGUGGCACUGCUGGGCACCGAUCAUCAGGGCACUGAUCAUCAGUGGCCCUGAUGAUCGGUGCCGAUCCUCGCUCUGACAACUGCCGGUUCUCGGCAAUACUUUCCUCACGAUCUGACAGCGUGAGGAAAGUGCAGCCGAGAACCGGCACUUGCAU